AUGUCCACCGUCCCAGCCAAGCGCGCACGCAUCUCUGAACCCAAUGCAAUCGACGAUGCGUUGGGGAGCGAGAGCGAGUCGACAGUCAACAGCACAACCGCCGUCAAUGCGACACCACACACGCCCGAGUCGCUCGCGGCUCUGCUGGUCACUGCGUCGCGUACCGACAUCCUCGCGCUCCUCCUCGACCCUGGGGUCGCGCAUCCCGACGUCGCGGAGAGCGUGGAGGCGUUCGCGUCCAAUCUUCGCGCACCAGCACCUGAUGCUCCGGAGACGGAGCUCCACGUGCCUGCUCAGCCCGGGGCUGUCGCGGUAACAUGCUCAAUUACCGAGGCGGUGCCCACGUCCCAGCUAGCAGAGAUCCCAGCGGCGUCGGGGUCGGGGGAGCCACAAGUGCCGAAUCCCCAGGCCACGCCCCCGUCGGUCGACGACCUCAGAGAACAUGACUUUAAGCGAUCCUCUGAGCGGGCGCGCAGCAUCCUCGCGCUCUUUCGGGAGAAAGGCCGCACCGAUAUUGAGGACAUCAAGCCGUACAUGGCCGUCAUCGCGCUCGACAUAAGCGAGAUUACCGUCAACCUUGACCAGCACUCGUCUUACGCGCACAAGUUCAGCGCGCUCAAGCAUCUGACAGACAUCUUUCUCACCCUGUGCCCACAGGACAACUGGCGCCCAUCACGCAUGAUACGGGCUGUGUGCGAGAUCGACAAGUGGGGUCUCCGCCUCCGGCCAGUCAAAGACGCAUUCACACCCGAAGACUGCGUGCGGCUCGCUGCUGAAGAUGGGGGGCAUUGGCUGCGGGACAAGGCGGCCGAGAUCCAACGGUUCGCGAUUAACGAUUAUGGCGUCUUCUGGGAGCUCAAGAAGACAUACAGCUCCCUUGUUGAGAAUGCGCAACUCAGAUCAUAG